GAGCUGAGCGGCUCCGGGAGUUGGGGCAGCUCCUGCGCCCGGCCCUGCUCGCAGCGAGAGCUCCGCCCGGCGCCGGCAUCCCCCAGCUGCGGGAGCGGGCGGGCGCCGAGGGGGCGGACCGACCUCCGCGGACCCCGGCGGCCUGGGGCGGGCGAGGGGCGAGCGCCGGAGAUCCCGAGCGCCCCGCGCCCCGGCACCAUGCGACCCGCCGCGCCUCCUGGCCGGCCCCGGGCUUCGCUCUCCGCUCCCUAAACCCCGCGCUCGCCACCGCGGCAACUCUCAAAGACAAGGCGGGUCGCCGGAGAGCAGCGGGGAGACCGCCUCCGACGUCCCCUCCGCUCCCCAGAGGCUGCCGGUGCCUCGUUCUCCGGGCUUCUCUAGCUUUACCAUGAACCUGGCGCAAGCUUGGCUUUAGGAGAAAUUCAGAAGCCGGAGGGGGAGUCAGUGCAAUUCUUUGGUUGCUAAGUGUGAGUGAAGACAUCCGGGAUGGCUCAGGGAUCUGGGGAUCAAAGAGCAGUGGGGAUUGCUGACCCAGAGGACAGUUCUCCAAACAUGAUAGUCUACCGCAAAAUUGAAGACAUCAUCACAAAGAUGCAAGAUGACAAGACAGGGGGUGUGCCCAUCAGAACAGUCAAGAGCUUUCUCUCCAAAAUUCCCAGUGUCGUUACAGGUACUGACAUUGUGCAAUGGCUUAUGAAGAACCUCUCCAUCGAGGACCCAGUUGAAGCAAUACACGUGGGAAGCCUUAUAGCUGCCCAGGGCUACAUCUUUCCAAUCUCGGACCAUGUUCUCACCAUGAAGGAUGACGGCACCUUCUACCGUUUCCAGGCCCCGUACUUUUGGCCUUCAAACUGCUGGGAGCCUGAAAACACCGACUACGCCAUCUAUCUCUGUAAGAGGACAAUGCAGAAUAAAGCGAGGCUGGAACUGGCAGACUAUGAAGCAGAAAACUUAGCAAGACUCCAGAGGGCCUUCGCAAGGAAGUGGGAAUUCAUCUUUAUGCAAGCAGAAGCACAAGUGAAGAUAGAUCGGAAAAAGGACAAGACAGAAAGGAAGAUUUUGGAUAGUCAAGAACGGGCCUUUUGGGAUGUGCACAGGCCAGUGCCAGGCUGUGUGAACACAACAGAAAUGGAUAUCAGAAAAUGCCGGCGUCUGAAGAACCCGCAAAAGGUUAAGAAGUCAGUGUAUGGUGUGACUGAAGAGUCCCAGUCGCAAAGCCCCGUGCACAUACCCAGUCAGCCAAUCAGGAAAACUACAAAAGAGGACAUCCGGAAACAGAUAACAUUUUUGAGUGCACAGAUUGACAGACAUUGCUUAAAAAUGUCCAAAGUGGCUGAAAGCUUAAUUGCUUACACAGAACAAUAUGUGGAAUACGAUCCAUUGAUCACGCCGGCCGAGCCGUCCAAUCCCUGGAUCAGCGACGAUAUCACUUUAUGGGACAUAGAGAUGAGCAAAGAGCCCAGCCAGCAGCGAGUCAAGAGAUGGGGCUUCUCUUUCGACGAGGUAUUGAAGGACCAGGUGGGGCGGGACCAGUUCCUAAGAUUCCUGGAGUCCGAAUUCAGCUCCGAAAACCUCAGGUUCUGGUUGGCUGUCCAAGAUCUCAAGAAACAGCCCCUGCAGGAUGUGGCCAAGAGGGUGGAAGAAAUCUGGCAAGAGUUUCUGGCUCCAGGGGCACCAAGUGCAAUCAACCUGGACUCUCACAGCUAUGAGAUAACCAGUCAAAAUGUCAAAGACGGAGGGAGAUACACAUUCGAAGAUGCCCAGGAACACAUCUACAAGUUGAUGAAGAGUGACAGCUAUGCCCGCUUCCUCCGGUCAAAUGCCUACCAGGACUUGCUGCUGGCCAAGAAGAAGCCAGAAAGUGAGCAAGGUCGUAGAACCUCCUUAGAAAAGUUCACUCGCAGUGUGUGCUGCUGGCGCAGAGUCAGAAUGGCCGCUGCACUUCACCCCCGAGGUGGCUUCCUUCCAGCAGUGGGGAAAGUCGCUGGCGGGCAAGCGCCUCACCGGCCUGAUGCAGUCCUCCUGACAGUCCCCGCCGCAGGGCCCGGGCCCGACGACCCCACGGGCAGGCGGCGGCGCUCCACAUCCGCGGACAGAGUUUCCCUACGGGGAGAUCUGGUCACUGUGAAAGAGAAGGAGUGAGGGAGAUGACGGGCGGCAGAGGGGAGACUCGGUGGGUGCCCGGGGACACCAUGCAGAAAAAGUCCACAGAGCCCGGGGUCGGCCCUUCAGAGGCCCCUGUUUACAACCCUCUCUUCCUUGUACAGUUGUGCGCCGACACCCCAUUCUCGAGGAGGCCCUUGGCCCUAACUCGUUCGGGGCACAACACCUGGCGGGGCUCCUGUCGUGACUCUCACUUGAGGUCAUAUCCUUAUUAUCGCCACUCUUCCUUCUGUCCGGGGGACCACGCCUUCCGGCAGAUGCAAGAGCCACCGGCAGGCCCUGAGCACCCCCAGUAUUACCCCCCACCCCCCACCUCCGCACUGCGGCCAGUGCGCCCACAGCGCCCCCUAGAGCGACAGCCGCUGCGUCCCGACGGCCCCCUUUCUGGCCCCGCCCCGGCCCCCAUCUGUGCAAGGACCCUCGUGCAACCGGGCCCGGUGGAGGCCACACCGCUGAGCAACCCCACCGACUGCUCCACCUCCAGGUUCUUUCAGCCCCCUGCAGGCCGACUUUCCGGGGGGGUCCCCACGGGGCGUGGGGCUGCCCCCUGGUCCCGUCAAGUGCCUCCAGGGUCCGACACCACAGGAAGCACCGGUGUCCGGGAAAGAGCUCGUGGUUUAACAGCCGUGGAGGUUCUGACCAUCUUUGGAAACAUUUAUUAUUUCCGAAUUUAUUCUGGUUUCGCCCCUUCUCCUUGGUUUGUUCCCUCGUGUUUUACUCAAAAUAAACAUGGCCGUGAACUCGGGG